AACAAGUAUAAGAGGAGAACGUCAGAGAUCCUGCGGGAAGGAGAGGAGGGAGGAAGAGAAAUGUUUCCUCGCAGCGCCACGUCGCAGGAGGAGCAGAUCUUAGAGAUGGCGCUGGUGCAGGCGAAGCGAGACGAGUACGUGACCAAGCUGAACGAGAGGAUCUCAAUGUUGAAGGAGAAUGUUGCUGAGAGCCGUCGAGUGCAGGAUCUCUUGUGCAAGGAGAGGGACCAUCUGAGAGAGCAGAACGAGAUCCUGAGGAAGGAGGCUGCGACUUUGCACCGUGUGGAGAAGUUCGAGUCCAAGUUCAGGGAAGGGAUCAACAUUGAAUAUCUAAAGAAUGUCCUCAUCAAAUACGUGGAGACGCAGGAUCACGAGGGGCUUAUCCCGGUCUUCUACUCUGUGCUUGAGUUCAACGCUGAGGAGCGGAGACGGCUGGAGAACGUGCGAGUCAAAAUGUCCUCUCCCUGGUCCAAGUUGAGCAGAGGAAAACUGUUCUAGAUCCUCCUCCUCCUCCUCCUCCUCGUGCUGCUGGUGCUCUUCCUCGUCCUGCUACACGCAGACGUUUGUA